UUAUCAUGGCAAUAUUAUAUGCUAUGACAAUGAGCAUGUAUGGGUUUUACAAUACCAGAAAACUCCCCACAAUAACGCAUACAAAAAUACCAGUGAAGGACUUGCCUGAUAAUUUAGAAGGACUUAAAAUAACACUUCUAUCUGAUAUACACUUGGGACCUGUAAAUGGACGACGGGAAAUGGUUCAGAUUGUGAAGAUGGUGAAUAAUAUUCAGUCUGAUAUGGUGGUGAUGGUAGGAGACCUUAUAGAUGGAGGACUAAAUGAACUCAGUAAGGCAGCAGCUCCGAUAAAGAACAUAAAGUCCAAGUAUGGAACCUUCUUUGUAACCGGAAAUCACGAGUACUAUGCAAUGGAUGUAGAUAACUGGUUUGUGUAUCUAGAAUCUAAAGGUGUCACUGUACUCCACAAUUCCAAUGUGCAUCUCCCCAAAAACGCUCCACCCUCCCAACAAAUUUGCCUCGUGGGAACAGAUGAUUUAGAGGCUGUGCGGAUACAGUACAUGGGUCAUGGUUUUUACCUGGACAAGGCCAUGGAGGGAUGUAGUAAAGACCAACCUGUCCUGUUACUGGCCCAUCAACCAAUGGCCGCCAAAAUGGCCUUUGCAUCAAAGCAUAGGAUUGAUCUUAUUUUAUCAGGUCACACACAUGGAGGUCAGAUGUUCCCACUGGUGAUCGGUGCCUACCUGACAAAUCCCUACUACCUUGGACUGUAUCCCCACGGACGCAACAGCCACAUCUAUGUAUCCCAGGGAACCAACUUCUGGGGUAUCCCAAUGCGUACCUUCACAUCAAGAGAGAUUGCUGUGAUAACUCUCACAAGGAAAAAUUAAACAACAAGUACACCAUAUUUAUAGCUUUUAAUUAAUAAGCAUGUACAUUUGUAUACCAUAAAAGCACAUACCCGGGUGUUCUGGACUCCAACCUACAGCAAAUUUGUUUCAAGAAUUUUCCCAGGUACAGUUAAGAUUGAUGACAUAUAUUAGUUAUGUCAGUGGAUAAUGGGCAUGAAAACAUUGAAUACUACUCUUAUAUGUAUUUUCAAUUAAAACUAAAUUUAAAAUAAAAACAUUGGUUUACAAAAUUUUCCCUUUAAGACGCUUAAUAAAUAUGGUGUGAUUUAACGUAUAUACAAUGUACUUCCAACUUCAAAAAUGUCAAGAAUUUUCACAUGUUUUGAUAUGUAAUAAUGCUUCUUAACAGUUAACUUAUAUUGGAUGUGGAAAUAUUUAAAUACGAUGUUUCUAAUAGGUAGUCUUUUUUACGGAGGGUUCAUUAUCGUGAUUUUACUUUUUCAUUAAAAAAAAGCACAAAAGCAACAUUAAUGCCAUAAAAUUCAAAUGGAAAUUCCCAUUCAAAUGGCUUAUUAUAUCUUGUGUAUGUUGUUCAUAAUUACAUAGCAAAGUUGUCAACAAGAGUAUUUCAGUUGUAAAAGAAUAUUUUUGAUAAAUAUUUCCAAUUAAACAUGGUCUAUUUGCAUAUUCUACAACUGAUAGCACUGAUAGCCAUAUCCGUGACAAUUGAAAAUAAAUCUGGUUUAUCACAGAUCUCAAAGUUGUAAUGACAAAAAGGAUGAAAUCAUACAUUGAUGUUAUUUAGUGUGGUUUAUCAAUAUUACUAAUAAUAAUGAAGUGUAUAGUAGUCUUAUCAAAUUGAGUGGUUGUAUUAUGAUUGUGUUAAUGUAUACUGGUAACAGCAUUAACUUAAACUGGAUGAGAAACCAUAACUAAAAUUUGAUAGUGCCAAAUUCGAACUCUAAUUGUAUAUACCUGUCAUGGAGUCAAAACUUGAAAACUCAAAAUCUCUGAAGUGUUGAAAGUCUUAUAAAAACAAAAAUCUGUUGGCUUAUGCAUUUAUCAUCAAAUUCUGUAAUCAACAUUGUUUCAAGGUUGAAAAUAUCAGGCAAGUCAAAAGUCUUAAGUUCCAGUAAAACAUUUACUUUAGUGAUUGCUAAGUUUACUGUAAUUAACUAAAGACUUUGGUUCAAAACUAGAGAAUGACUCCUGAUAUGGUCAUUUUUAAUUAUCCAAAUUGAUUGAAAGCAUAGCAGGGCAACAGCACUACCAUCCAUAACUUGAUAACUCUCCAGUCCAGAUAUUAUUAAGCAAUUUGACUAUAGUAAGAGUGGUUUGUCAAUUUAAUACAUAUUUUGUAAGUGAGCUUUCUGUGAUACAAAUGUGUUUUGUAUACUUUUUAUUUUGCCUGUAUGUGUCCCAUUGUGUGGUUUGUCUUCCCUUUUGAAGAUGUGUUGCAAUUUUUAAUUGACUAUGCGAGUAUGGUGAUACUGUAAAUAAAUGUUGUUGGCUGCUCUGUUGAAUCUACAUACCGGUAUACACAUAUAGUUUCAACAUCAACGGAAGUUUACAUUUCCAAUUAAGUUGUAGUCCCCAAUAUUAACAUGGUGAAUCAAACUUCAUGAGAAAAUGGAUAUCAGUCUCUUUAUACAAAUAUAGUUUCUUACUAUUUGGCAAUCACUUGGAUCCCCACUAUUUAUUUUUUUCAUUUUCUGAUCUUAUAUUUUUUACCAUGUGUAAUUUGCAUUAACCAGAUAUAGUUUGCAUGAAUAAACACUAGAUGAAGCAUUUUGAGGAAACUCCACUAGACGUAAAGAUAUUGGAUCAUCAUCAUCAAACUUUAUUUCCUCCCAAAGGAGAUAAGUGGAAUACAACAAAAUCGACAGAAAAUAAAUAAAUAAGGAAUAGCAAAAUAAGUGAAGAGUUCAUUUAGCGCGCUUUCCAUGAGUAGCUACUAUGUAGCUUACUCACUAUCGCGUACUUACAUCAGAAUCAGGGCGAGAAUAAGCGCGUGACGCUUGGUAUGUCAUACAUAAUAUGGACAGGUGUAUCGGAUGUACACCCUACUUCAUUAUAUUAUGUCGUUGCCAUAUUUUGAGGAGAUUUAUGAUGAUCUUCAAUAACAUAAAAUUAGACUUGUAAUUUCCAUUCCUAUACUAUCCUCUACUAUACAUUGUAAUGAUUAACAUGUAAAUCAUAAUUAGAUAGAGAGGAUCUUUACAUUACAUAUAUAGACAUUAUUCAAGGAGUUCAAUCUGUCAAUCGUAUGGUCAAUUUACAUUUACAUUAAGUGCUAUAAUUUAAGAAAUCAGUAUUUAUUACUUUAUUUCAAAUAUUCAAAAGGGACAUGAGUUAUAACAACUUAGAAACACCCAUUUCCGUCAACAGUUUUACAUCAGUAUCAGUCAUUUAUUUAUUGAAUCCAUAAAUAUAAUUUACAAUGUAAUGAUACUCUUACCUGGACCAUUCCAGUAUAAUGUUGAUUUCACAGGAAGACUCCAAAAUAUUUUUUGUGGUCUGUCUCGCUUUAAAUAUGGAUUCCCAUUGGAAUGCUCUGCAAUACUGCUUGUCAGGAAAAAAUGUAUUUCUAAAUACUUUUCUUAAUUAUCAUAAACAUGUUUUGUAUUUUGUGUAUCACUACUAGUGAAAGAAUAAGGAAGAUGUCAUGUUAAAGAGAAUGUGUUUGAAAUGUUAGUAUAGGAGAAGUAUCAAUCUGAUUAAAAUACAUGUACAUAUCUUCAAUACGCUUAUGCUAUGAAUUUUAUAUAAGAAUACUAAGAAUGUAUUUUAAUCAGAUUGGGAGAAGUACUCGCCCUUCCAUAUCAUUGGUUCAUUACCUUCAAAAAAUCAAGAAGAUGCUGUUAGUGAUUGAAAUAACAAGUAAUAGUCCCACAUUAUUACAGAAACAAAAUACUCCUGAUGAGAAAGGUAGCUUAAUCAUGAUGUAUAAUUUGUCGGACAGUGUGUUAUUGGUAUUUGACAGACAUUCCAUUGUUUGUUCCAUGAUGUAUAGAGUGUUAAAAAAUUCAUAAUGCAUUUUUACAUUUUUUGUUUCAUUUUUGCUUGCAAUAUACAUUAUUCAUAAUAGUAUUCCAUUCUAAAGUGUUUUUUAUUUAAAGCGUCGCAGCGUGUGUGACACAUUAAAUUUUGUAUGACAAGUGUACUAAGAAAUGGAUUCUAAAUCAGAUGAUGGGCUUCACUUUUAGUAUAACUUGGAACAAUAUAGCCACAAGUAACAAGUAAGGUUCCCAGCAAGAACAGUUUUCAAUGGCAAUUAAAGGGGGUUGGGGUUAGAGUUGCAAAUCAUAUUGAGUGACAAAGGUGGACAAUGGACCAAAUGGAUAUAUUGAAGAUAUGAAAAAGAUAUGGUGCCCAAGGACCCCUGAGAACCUUUGUCAGUCACCUUUACACAGUCCAAAACACUUUUAUUGGUGACAGGUACGUGAGUUAUGAUAAGUUAGAAUAGUCAUACAUACAAUCCUGACUUUGAUGUAUUUACCCUUCACCCUAUGUGGAACGUUACCUGUUGAAAGAGAGAAUAGCAGCAAAAUACUUAAAAUAUAUUAACCAGACUUGGAUAUAACUUCAGUUGAUUCAAGAUACACAUUAUAGGAUACAAACACAUACCUUGCUUUUUAUCACAAUAAUAAAUAUGUUAUUGUCUACCACAUUUUUAAUGAAAGAGUAUUUUCUUCUAAGGUAAAAAAAGGUACAGGUAUGAAUUAAUGCGUCAAAAGCGCAUUUGAAAUCGAGAAAAUAUUCAAAAAUAUAAUCUUUUUAGCAUAUGUAAAAAAGCUAUAUAUGACACGCAUCAAAUUAAGAUCCAAGUUAUGUAUCC